AUGCGUAUGCUACGAUGGUCAGCUGGCGUCACACUCCUAGAUAGGAUCCGGAAUGAGUACAUUAGGGGAAGUUUUGGAGUCGCGCCAAUAAUCGACAAAGCCAAAGAAAAACGCCUUAGAUGGUACGGGCACGUCCAAAGACGCGAAGAAGACCACCCGGUAAAACUGGCCUUGAACCUGCCUGUAACCCAGCCACGCGGCCAUGGAAGACCACCCUCCACUUGGCUGACGACGGUCGAGAAAGACCUCAAAGAAGCUCAAAUCGACACCAACGCCGCACGGAAUCGUGCUCAGUGGAGGAUGCGGACGAGGAGGGCCGACCCCAAGUAA